AUGGCACUCUCCAUCACAACGCUGGCCGCACUGGCUGUCGCCGUUCUCGUCGUAUACAAAGGCAUCAUUUACCCCGUCUUCAAGUCGCCGCUGUCCAAGAUCCCCAACGUGCACUGGAGUGUCCCCUUAUCUCCAGUAUGGAUGCUCUGGAAGCGUUUUAGUAGUCAGAACAAUCGAACUAUCCAGGCCGCGCAUGAAAGCCUUGGUCCGAUUGUCAGACUCGGACCGUCAGAGAUCUCUAUCAACUGCGUCGAUGGAGGGAUCAAGUCGGUGUAUACCGGCGGGUUCGAGAAACAUGACUGGUACCCACGAGUUUUUGGGUCGUUUGGAACCGUUAGCAUGUUCACCAUGACCGGAAGCAAAGCUCACUCAACCCGCAAGAGGAUGCUGUCAAAUAUCUACUCCAAAUCGACCCUACAGACAUCACCUCAUCUACGGGUGGUUUCAAAUGCAGUCAUCUUCGGCCGCCUCCUCCCUAUUCUCCACGAAGCAGCGACAUCUAACCAACAGGUCGACGUCCAUGAUCUGAAUCAGGGACUCACGAUGGACUUUGUCUCCUCGUAUUUAUUUGGCCUCCAGAAUGGGACCAACCACCUGCAGGAUCAUUCGUUCCGCAAAAACUGGCUCCAUCUGUACCUGUGUCGCAAGCCCUAUGAAUUCUAUCACCAGGAAGUGCCGCAUCUGUCCGGGUGGAUGAAGUGCCUUGGUAUUCGUCUGAUCCCCAAGUACUGUGACGACGCCAAUGCCAUGCUCGAUGCCUGGGCCCUUGAUCUAUGCGACAAAGCCGAGCAGUCACUCACGUCCACGGAACCAGGAGUGGAGCCCGUUGUCUAUAAACAGUUGAGACAAAGUCUCGACAAGCAUUCUUCCAAGGAGACGGGCUCCAAACCAGACCGCGCCCAGCAACGACUCGAUAUCGCUUGCGAGAUGUAUGACCACCUCACUGCCGGUUACGAGACCAGCGCUGUGGGCCUCACGUAUUUACUUUGGGAGCUCUCAAAGCACCCAGAGGUCCAGAGAAAGCUUCAGAAAGAGUUGUUGACCCUGCAGCCCCCGAUCUCCUAUUCUGCGUCCACAGAGCUACCGCCUCCAAAAUCGAUUGACAGUCUGUCAUUGCUAGAAGCAAUAGUCACCGAGACACUGCGACUGCACGCUCCCAUUCCUGGUAUUCAGCCGCGGGUAACGCCGUAUCCGUCGUGUACGUUGGCCGGAUACGAUGAUAUCCCUCCCAACACGAGGGUUAAUGCCCAGGCUUAUUCACUGCACCGCAACCCGGACGUCUUCCCUGCGCCGGAAAGCUGGCAGCCAAAGCGAUGGCUCGUGGACGAGAACUCGCCGGUUGAUCUUGAAGAACGGCGCCGGUGGUUCUGGGCUUUCGGGAGUGGAGGGCGUAUGUGUGUGGGGAGCAAUCUCGCACUGCAAGGUAUGGAUGUGGAAAAGAAGUUACCUAGCUUUGGGGUUGCAAUGGUGCUGAUGGUUAAAACAGAAAUGAAGCUGGCUGUGGCUGCGAUUUAUACCAACUUCCGCACCACUAUUGUCGACGAUGAGAAUGUGGAAGCAACUGAUGCUUACACGGUGAAGCCCAGAGGAGACAAAUUGAUCCUGAAAUUUGAGCUGGUCGGGGCGGGCCGUGAAUAA